ACGUCAUAGAUCACGUGACAUUCAUUAUUUCAAUGCUAUGUAGGCUGUAGCUGAGCGUAUAUUUAUUCUCUGCCCAUUCUUUCUUUUUGCGGUUUGUGUAAUAAGAAGUUUUUGUUGCAAGAAUUUUUGAUGAUGGUCACCUCAGAGAGUGACAUGGAUCCGGAACAGUACUGCAAGCUUUUUAUUGGAGGGCUUGAUUACAGAACUACAGAAGAUUCUCUCAAGGAACACUUUGAAAAUUGGGGUGAAAUUGUGGACUGUGUUGUAGUAAGAGAUCCAAACACUAGAAAGUCCCGUGGUUUUGGUUUCAUUACAUACAAGAAAGCAUAUAUGGUGGAUGAUGCUCAGGCUGCUCGACCUCACAAAGUGAAUGGUAGAGUAGUUGAGCCAAAGCGAGCAGUUCCCAGAGAGGAUAGUGGGAAACCAGAGGCUCAGGCAACAGUAAAGAAACUUUUUAUUGGAGGACUAAAAGAUGAUGUUGAAGAGGAAGACCUCAGCAAUCAUUUUAAAGAAUAUGGCAACAUUGUCAGUGUUAAUAUUGUUACAGAAAGGGCAACAGGAAAGAAACGUGGGUUUGCUUUUGUUGAAUUUGAUGACUAUGAUGCUGUGGAUAAGAUUGUGUUGAAAAAGCACCACAUUCUUAAAGGAAAAAAAACUGAAGUUAAAAAAGCUCUAUCCAAACAAGAACUGGAAACUGCCAGAAUGAAAGGUUUGGGCAACUUUGGAUCAAGAGAAGGAGGAAGAAAUGCUCCUUCAUAUUCAGGAGCAAGAGGUGACUUUGGAGGUUCCCCUUUUGAAGGAGUUCAAGCUAUGGGAGGUAGUGCAUACCGUGGGCAAGGAUUUGGAGGUAAUUUCCCAAAUCAAGGAAUGAGAGGAUUUGGUGGUGGUGGUGGCAGCUUUGGUCAAGGUGCUUCAGGUAACUGGGGUGGAGAUUUUGGGGGUGGAUAUGGUGGUGGACCAAUGAAAGGUGCCAACUAUAUGCAAAGAGGAUCUGGCCCUUAUGGAGGUGGUUAUGGAAGAGGAACACGUGGAAAUUUCUGAAGGUUUUGAGUACAGGAAAACAGCAAUGUUCUAAUGUUGGGGGAUGUAUUAGCAGGUUCCAGAUGAGUGGUAAUCAUGACUUUAUGACCAUCAUUCAGUUUUUGAGAUAUUUUGUUAGAAACCGGAAGAUUCAGUAUCAUCAACUACACCAAGUAAAUGUACAUGGAAGAGAAUGUUACCUGUUGUACAGUUUUAACGAAUGUAUGUCAUCUUAGAGAACUAGUUAAAAUAUGAAAUUUCUUUUACAUUUACAAUUUUUAUCAUCUAUAAAUGUGUAAUUUUAUUUUUUUGUUAUGUAAAGAAAAGAUAUGAACAGCAUUGACUAAUAAUUUUUUACUGCCAGUUUUAACUUGUUAUCUCAGCGACAUCAUGUUUAUCUCUCUUGUCUGACCAUGUUCUUUUAUGUUUGAGUUGUUGACUCAUUGUAGAAUAUAUUUUUGAUUUCUUACAUUUCAUGAUAACAUGGGUGUUGUGUGUCAAGCACUGUAUUGCAUUUCACUUGUUUCAAGUUUCAAUGUGUUUUCUGUUUUGUAAUAAACAAUAAAAUCUUGGGAAACAUGA